AUGGGGAAAAACGUAGAAGAACGACCAGUCUAUGAGUCGCCUACAGAUGAACAGGAUGAUAAAAUUGGUUUGAAACCAACAAUCAACUUGUUCGGUGGUGUGAUGAUCAUUGUUGGAUGCAUUAUUGGAUCCGGAAUAUUUAUUUCACCAAAGGGUGUUCAUGAAAGAGGCUAUUUAGUUCAAAGAACAACAACAACAACAAUAACAAAGCACUUUCUAGAUGCUGGUUCGGUUGGAUGGUCUUUAGCAAUAUGGAUCAUAUGUGGAGCAUUUUCGGCAAUUGGUGCUUACUGUUAUGCGGAACUUGGUACAUUUAUUCGAUUAUCCGGCGGUGACUAUGCAUAUGUUUUAGCAGCUUUUGGGCCACUACUAGGUUUUCUUCGAAUGUGGAUUGAAUGUAUUAUUAUUCGACCGUGUACCAUAACUGCAGUGGCAAUAACAUUCGCCACCUAUAUCUUGCGACCAUUCUUCAGCACAUGUGGUGCACCACAGCUCACACCACAAUUGCUUGCUGCUAGUUGUAUUGUGCUGUUGGCGUUGGUCAAUUGUGUCAGCGUGAAAUUUGUGACCUUCAUUCAAAAUUUAUUUACUGUUGCAAAAUUAGCUGCUCUUGCUCUUAUUAUUUUUACCGGGAUAUUUCUUAUUAUUUAUGGAGAUCCUUAUCGAGAUUCAUUCGAAAAUAUGUGGGACGGUACCCAAUGGGGACCUGGCAACGUUGCACUCGCUUUCUAUUCUGGACUGUGGGCUUACAAUGGUUGGAACUAUUUGAACUUUAUCACCGAGGAGCUUAUCGAUCCAACGAAGAAUUUGCCACGAGCCAUUGCUAUUAGUUGUACAAUUGUUACUGUUGUAUAUUGUAUGACAAAUGUUGCUUUCUACGCAGGUACUUCACCAGAAGAGUUGCUUGAAUCGAACGCAAUUGCUGUAGACUUUGCGAAUCGGUUUUAUGGCAUAUUUGCGUGGACAAUGCCGGUUAUGGUUGGCUUAUCCUGCUUUGGCACGGUUAAUGGAAUUAUGCUAACGUCUUCACGGCUUUUCUUUGUCGCUGGUCGCAAUAAGCACAUGCCAUGGUUACUUAGCUUUAUUAAUCCGAUUUAUAAUACACCAAUUCCCGCCGUACUCUUUACUGCAUUACUUUCAUGUUUUUAUUUGCUUUUAUCAGAUAAUAUCUACACUUUGAUCAAUUAUGUUCAAAUUGUUAACUGGAUAGCUAUUGGAAUGGCAACUGCUGGAUUAUUGUAUCUUCGGGUAAAACAACCACCAAGGAAAUAUCCACGGCAACUGCAAGUUAAUCUUGUUUGGCCAAUAAUUUUCUUGGCGGGUUGUGUAUUUUUGGUAGUAUUUCCAAUGUACCAAGCUCCAGUUGACACAGCUAUCGGUAUUAGUAUUAUGAUGACAGGUUUACCAGUGUAUUUCUUAUUUGUUCACAACGCUGGAAAGUUAUCCUUUGUCGAUUCAUUGAUGAAUAGCUUUACUUUAUCAGUACAAAAACUGCUGCUAGUGGUACCGACUAAGGAAAGUGCCGAGGGCGAAUGA